GCCCGCAAACGUACAAACAAGUUUGUAAAACAUUCAUUUUGUAAUUAUUUUCGUUGAGUGCAGCCAUCAUCAAGCAGAGCCGACAACAAAUGUGUGUAGCCGACGAAAACCGAUUAGACUCACAUGGAAACACACAUAUAAACUGCUUGACCAACAAAUUCGCGCGUCUCCAGGGCACUUAACAUUGUAUCCAUUAAUCGACGCCGUUUAAAUUAUUAUUAGUUCGUCUGUGAUGUCUUCUGCUUGUUGGAUAUAUAAAGCUUACUUUGUGGAAAAAAAUUGUAACAAAAUGGGUCCCAAAAAAAAUACAUUUACCAAAAUGUGAAAUGGGCUGCAUCAGUAGUAGUAAUAGUAAAUUAUUUUCGUUAAAGAAAGAGAACGUUUAUAAUGUAAAUGUUUUAAGAGUCCAAUCUGAACAGUCCGUGAUAUUAGCGGGGCAAGGAGUUCUUGAAAUAACUCCAAACGAAAUAAUCUUUAUUGCUCCUAAUCACGAACCAGUUUCUUGGGCAUUGCAACAUCUCCGGAGGUAUGGAUUGACGGAAGAUAUAUUUAGUUUUGAGGCUGGUCGGCGAUGCACCACUGGUCCUGGAAUUUAUACAUUUCGCUGCUGGAAUGCUAACCAAUUAUACUCCAAGUUUCAAUGGUAUAUAAAUUCUAUGUCGUUAGGGGUGGAUCGCGAUCGCAAUGGGAACUCGAGUCAUCAUUACAAUCUUUUUGAUCGAUUAGAUUCUCACCAGCAACAACACCACUCCAAUCAUUACUUGGAACCAACUUCUAUAUUGGGGUCUGUGAUCGAACAGAGAACUACUAUAAACAAUUCCAGCAGCAGUGUACUUAACAUUUCUGAGUCUUUGUUAAGUUCACCCCUUACAUCGGAAAUUGUUCAUAUACCAACAACGUCGUACAGUAAUGUUACUCCCAGGCAUAAUAGCGACAAUAUAUAUUUGGAUCAACCAGUCUCUGUUGCAAAUGAAAACAAUACGUCCAGCACAGGUGCCAAAGGGAUCGAUCACUACGAGAUUAAUGUAAAGAAAAUGAUAAGGACAUCAUCUUUGGAUGUGCCACCAGAUGAAUGUGCUCCUGCAUUAACUCCCGUUGCUAAAGAAGUUCAACGAAUUUAUUCAAACAUUGACUUGAAUGCAACCACAUCACACAAUACAAAUUUAGCAAAUACACCGACAAACCCUUCGUCGGAGCCAGCUUAUGCUAAUGUUGAUGUUAGUUUCAAUAGCAAAACAAACACGCCUCAACAAAUGUUGCCACAAAGUUCAUCCCCGGAAAAAAUUCAUUUAACGCACGGUACUGCAGUUAAUUACAUUGUACUCGAUUUAGAUCAACCACGUAGCCCAUCCCAAUGCUCCCCAAAAACAACUUUUGGUAGCGGGCAGUCGCUAAACGAGGAAAAGACUAGUGUGGACAUUUUAACAUCUGAAGAAAAAUUAAAAGAAGCUUUAUCGUUGCCUUGUAAUUCGUCGACGAUGCCAAAGAGAACGACUAUGAGUGAUGUUAGAUCUAAUUUAUCCGAUACGAAAAUCGAUUCGUCAGGAAGUUAUACAAGAAUCGAUUUCCUAAAAACGUUUGCUUUAAUGAAGUCAUCCGCAAACUAUGCAGAUCUUGAACCUGAUCAUGAUCAAGAAGAGUCUCGUAUAACGCGUCACAGUAAAUUUAUAAGAAAAGCUUAUUCUAUAAGUGAAUAAAUGUAUUUAGUAGAAAAAUAUAGACCAAAUGAGUAUGUUUGUAAUAUAUUGUAUAACAA